GAAAUCAACGCAAAAAAAAUUUCAUUGUAUUAAUAUUGUUUCAUUAGCUAGCGUCAAAUUUCAAUGUCGAACCUUACCCUCUAUUUCACUCACAUUCAAUGUUUCUUACUCUCAUAUGCGAUGCAUUUAAAAAACGAACGAGUCGAAGAGAAAUAGCAACCUAUAAUUCUUAGGAUGGUACCUCCCUCGAUAAUAGGCGCGUAGCAAACCUAAACGUGUGACUAAUAAACAAGAAAUACAGUAGUGAUAACAAAAUGGUUCUCGCAGAUUUAGGACGUAAAAUAACAUCUGCACUUCGAUCCCUUAGCAAUGCAACUGUCAUUAAUGAAGAAGUUUUAAAUUCUAUGCUAAAGGAAAUAUGCGCGGCAUUACUUGAAGCAGAUGUUAAUAUCAGGCUUGUCAAAAAAUUAAGAGAGAAUGUACGUCUUGUAAUUGAUUUUGAUGAUAUGGCUGGUGGUCUUAACAAAAGGAGAAUGAUACAGAGCGCUGUAUUUAAAGAACUUGUAAAGCUUAUCGAUCCUGGAGUGAAAGCUUAUCAACCAAUCAAAGGAAGACCAAAUAUAAUCAUGUUCGUCGGUUUACAAGGUUCAGGAAAAACAACUACUUGUACGAAGCUUGCUUAUCAUUAUUUAAAGAAAAAUUGGAAGGCUUGUUUAGUUUGUGCAGAUACUUUUCGUGCUGGUGCGUACGAUCAAAUAAAACAAAAUGCAACAAAAGCAAGAAUUCCAUUUUACGGAAGUUAUACCGAAGUAGAUCCAGUUACAAUAGCACAAGACGGCGUUGAAAUGUUUAAAAAAGAAGGUUACGAGAUCAUUAUCGUUGACACAAGUGGUAGGCACAAACAAGAAGAAUCUUUGUUCGAAGAAAUGCUUCAAGUCGCGAAUGCAAUUCAACCAGACAAUAUAAUUUUUGUAAUGGAUGCAACAAUAGGUCAAGCUUGCGAAGCUCAAGCAAAAGCUUUUAAGGAACGUGUUAAUGUCGGUUCUAUUAUUAUUACAAAACUCGACGGACACGCAAAAGGUGGAGGUGCUCUUUCAGCGGUUGCUGCAACACAAAGUCCAGUAAUCUUUGUAGGUACAGGAGAGCAUAUAGAUGAUCUAGAACCUUUCAAAACAAAACCUUUUAUCAGUAAAUUAUUGGGUAUGGGCGAUAUCGAAGGACUUAUAGACAAAGUCAAUGAAUUAAAUCUCGAUGAUAACGAAGAAUUACUCGAAAAAAUCAAACAUGGUCAAUUUACUUUAAGGGAUAUGUACGAACAAUUUCAGAACGUUAUGAAAAUGGGACCAUUUUCUCAACUAAUGGGAAUGAUUCCUGGCUUCAGUCAAGAUUUUAUGUCGAAAGGUACAGAACAGGAAUCUAUGGCAAGACUAAAACGUAUAAUGACCAUCAUGGAUAGUAUGAACGAUUCAGAAUUGGACAACAGAGAUGGUGCAAAAUUAUUUAGUAAACAACCAGGUAGAAUCACAAGAGUGGCACAAGGUUCUGGAGUGACUGAAAAAGAAGUCAAAGAUGUAAUUACUCAAUAUACAAAAUUUGCAGCAGUUGUAAAGAAAAUGGGUGGUAUCAAAGGAUUAUUUAAAGCAGGAGAUAUGUCUAAAAAUGUAAAUUCAAUACAAAUGGCAAAAUUAAAUCAUCAAAUGGCAAAAAUGAUGGAUCCUAGAGUUCUACAUCAAAUGGGAGGUAUGCCAGGAUUACAAAAUAUUAUGAAACAACUUCAACAGGGUGCAGCGGGAGGACCCUUAAUGAUGUGAAUGUAGGAUUACCAGUACCUGCUUUACGUUUAAGUUUAUGUACAUCAAGUGUCAUUGAAUCAUUCCGUAUCGGUGCAAACACACGACAGCGAAAGUUUCAUAUGAAAUGCUGUGCAAAGCGUUUAACAUAUACGUGUAAAAUCAUUUUAUAUACCUUGCACAUUGCAAAAUACUUGAUGCACGACUUUCGCCGUCAUGUAUUUGGUUAUUUGAAAAAUGAUACAAUAACACUUGAUAUAUAGAAAAUGUUUAUUGUAGAGAUGUUAAGUUGCAGGCAGGUGAUUUUACUCAAAUGAAUGUUUAAGUAAAAUUAUAUUUGAUAAUAAAGUAAUGAUAUAAUAAUCAAAUGA